CAGGACUAUAGCACUGGGCAGCAGAAGUUCUGCUAGCACCUCCACAGGCACCUUGGAUGAGUGGAGUCUGGCCUCUUCCUCCACAGUCAUUCACAUACACACUGAGCUGGUGUGCACCAAUAACCCACGGAGAGGAUUUCAAGUUCACGACAUAAAGCGCGAGACGCGUAACAUCUAAUUUUAAGCAUUAGUGGGAUAAGUGUAAACAAUGACGGCUGUUGUUGAGACGCAGGUGCAGUAUAACAGCACCUACAUGAUGUCUAGUACGGAAGCCUACAUGAAUCAGGAGGAUGACUGGGACAGGGACCUUCUGCUGGAUCCUGCCUGGGAGAAACAGCAGAGGAAGACAUUCACGGCAUGGUGCAAUUCUCAUCUGCGCAAAGCAGGAACCCAGAUCGAAAAUAUCGAAGAAGAUUUCAGAAAUGGCCUCAAACUCAUGCUACUGCUUGAGGUCAUCUCAGGUGAGAGGCUGCCCAAGCCUGACAAAGGAAAGAUGCGUUUCCAUAAAAUCGCCAAUGUCAACAAGGCUCUGGACUACAUCUGCAGUAAAGGAGUCAAACUGGUGUCCAUUGGUGCAGAAGAGAUUGUUGAUGGCAAUUUGAAAAUGACUCUUGGAAUGAUCUGGACCAUCAUUCUCCGUUUUGCUAUCCAGGACAUUUCUGUGGAGGAGACUUCUGCUAAAGAGGGUCUGUUGCUGUGGUGUCAGAGGAAGACCGCCCCCUACAGGAACGUUAACGUACAGAACUUCCACAUCAGCUGGAAGGAUGGCCUUGCUCUGUGUGCCCUCAUCCACAGACACAGACCAGACCUUAUCGACUACUCUAAACUCAGAAAGGAUGACCCUAUUGGAAACCUGAACACUGCCUUUGAGGUGGCAGAGAAAUACCUGGACAUCCCUAAAAUGCUUGAUGCUGAGGACAUUGUUAACACCCCAAAGCCUGAUGAAAAAGCCAUCAUGACUUAUGUGUCCUGCUUUUAUCAUGCUUUCGCUGGUGCUGAACAGGCUGAAACCGCUGCUAACAGAAUCUGUAAAGUUCUGGCCGUGAACCAGGAGAAUGAAAGACUAAUGGAGGAGUAUGAGAAACUGGCCAGUGAGUUGUUGGAAUGGAUCCGUCGGACUAUCCCCUGGCUGGAGAACCGUGUGGCGGAGCAGACCAUGCGGGCAAUGCAGCAGAAGCUAGAGGAUUUCCGGGACUACAGGCGUGUCCACAAGCCUCCACGCGUUCAGGAGAAAUGCCAGCUGGAGAUCAACUUCAACACCCUGCAGACGAAGCUCCGCCUGAGCAACCGACCUGCUUUCAUGCCCUCUGAGGGGAAGAUGGUGUCUGACAUUGCAAAUGCAUGGAAAGGUCUAGAGCAAGUUGAGAAGGGUUAUGAAGAAUGGCUGCUCACAGAAAUUCGUCGUCUGGAGAGAGUCGACCAUCUGGCUGAGAAGUUCAAGCAGAAGUGUGCCCUACAUGAGGCCUGGACCACAGGAAAGGAACACCUGCUGUCUCAGAAGGACUAUGAGACGGCUUCUCUGAUGGAGAUCAGGGCUCUCAUGAAAAAGCAUGAAGCCUUUGAGAGCGACCUGGCCGCCCACCAGGACAGAGUUGAGCAGAUUGCAGCUAUCGCUCAAGAGCUAAAUGAAUUAGACUACCACGAUGCUGCUACAGUGAACUCCCGCUGCCAAGGGAUCUGUGAUCAGUGGGACAAUUUAGGAACUCUCACCCAGAAGAGGAGAGAUGCUCUAGAGCGUGUAGAGAAGCUCUGGGAAACAAUUGAUCAACUCUACCUGGAGUUUGCCAAGAGGGCGGCACCCUACAACAACUGGAUGGAUGGAGCCAUGGAGGAUCUGCAGGACAUGUUUAUUGUUCACAGUGUUGAGGAAAUCCAGAGUUUGAUCAUUGCUCAUGAUCAGUUCAAGGCCACUCUACCAGAAGGUGAUAAGGAGCGUAUGGCCAUCAUGGGCAUCCAGAAUGAGAUCAUGAAGAUCGCUCAGACUUACGGCAUUAAGCUGGCUGGAGUCAAUCCAUACACGGUCCUAAGCCCACAGGACAUCACCAACAAAUGGGAAGCCGUGAAGCAGCUGGUUCCCCUGAGAGACCAGAUGCUACAAGAGGAGGUUGCCAGGCAACAGGCCAAUGAAAGGCUGAGGCGCUCAUUUGCUGCUCAGGCCAACAUCAUUGGACCCUGGAUUCAAACUAAGAUGGAGGAGAUUGGCCAUGUGGCUGUGGACAUUUCCGGCUCUCUGGAGGAACAGAUGAAUAAUCUAAAGACAUAUGAGCAAAACAUCAUUAACUACAAGUCCAAUAUUGACAAACUGGAGGGAGACCACCAGCUUAUCCAGGAGGCGCUGAUCUUUGACAACAAACACACCAACUACACCAUGGAGCACAUCCGUGUGGGCUGGGAGCAGCUGCUCACCACCAUUGCACGUACCAUCAAUGAGGUGGAGAACCAGAUUCUCACCCGUGACGCCAAAGGCAUUAGCCAGGAGCAGCUUAAUGAGUUCAGAGCCUCUUUCAACCACUUCGACAGGAAAAGAAAUGGCAAGAUGGACCCAGACGAUUUUCGUGCGUGUCUUAUCUCUAUGGGUUACGAUCUGGGUGAGGUGGAGUUUGCCCGCAUCAUGACUCUGGUGGACCCUAACAACAGCGGCGUAGUCACCUUCCAGGCCUUCAUCGACUUCAUGACACGCGAGACUGCAGAAACCGACACUGCUGAACAGGUUAUGGCGUCCUUCAAGAUCCUUGCCUCCGAUAAGCCUUUCAUCACUCUGGAAGAGCUUCGUCGUGAACUCCCACCCGAGCAGGCCGAGUACUGCAUCAGCCGUAUGACCAAGUACGUCGGCCACGAUGGGACCCCAGGAGCCCUUGAUUACAUCUCCUUCUCCAGCGCCCUCUAUGGAGAGAGCGAUUUAUAAAUGUUUAAAGCAUCAUAUAUUACUCUCUUUCUCUCCUCUAUCUCUUUUCUCCCCACCCUCCCCUUAACGAAGGUUAAGCCCUAAUGAGGGAGAGUUUUCCCUCUUUUCCUCUAAUAUUUCGAAAAUACUUUUCUACAUUCUCAGUUUUUUUAUCCCCACAGAGCUACACAAAAGAAAAGCUUGUGUCUACAUUUAGUUUACAUUAAUUUACAUGUCUUACACCCAUCCUGUAAAAAGGAAAGGAAGUGUAACAAGGCCACUCAAAAAGAGGUUGUCCACAUUUAUAGCGGACAUGAUACUCUCCCAUUCAUGUCUCCCUCCGGUUUUAAAAGAUCCUUAGUGAACUUUCAUUGAAAUAAAUUAAUAAAUAUCAUAUGUGAGAACUGUAAAACCCAAAGCCCAGACAUACGACUGAAAAUCUUUAAUAAGGGAAUUGACUACAAUCCAAUGGAAAAUCGGAAUAUACUGUAAAAUCGAUGUACAGUAAAUAAAAUCAUAAUAAAGGUUGAAAAAUAAAACUCGUUGAUUUUAUGUAGAAAAGUAACUUGCUUUAUAGCUAGUGCUGAAUUUUCAAUUAUACAAAAUAUCAGGCAUAGUUUGAUAUCUGGUCUCGAUCAAGUGUGAAGCCAGCUCUUGGAGCUUUUGUACUGAUUUAUAUUUCUUAUUGAGAUAUUUUGAAGAAUAUGGGAAAUCAAACAGUUCUGGGCCACCACUGACUACCGUAGUAGGAAAAAGUAGUAUGGGGUACUAUGGUGCCCCAGAAAUGUUUAGUUUCCCACAAUAUUCAAAAUGUCAUCUGGGGCACCAUGUUAGUCAGUUUGGCCCCAGGAUUGUUUGGUCUCGAUUAUGUAAUUCAGGGAUUGAGAGAGCAGAGGGCUUUUGAAUGGACUUUCAUUUAACAGUUGAUUCUUUGAUUGGUGGAAUUCUACUAAAUAUAAUUGACCUUGAAAGGUUUAUACAUUAUUAUUAAACAUUAGGUUUGCUAAUGGAGGAAACAAAUGGGAACCAGAUUUUUGCACUCUAAUCUGGAUUUUAGAUAGCUGUGUUUCCAAAAAUUCCUUUAGAGUAUAUGCCUUUGACAUGGGUUAACAUGCCACGAGUAAAACAGCCGCUUCCCUCGUGCCUCAAAAAUACUUCAUAAAAUAUACAUUAUAAAUAGUGAUUGGUGAUGCUGAGGAGCAUUUGUGAAGAUGCAUGCUGUGUGUUUUAAACAGACAUAUGCAAGAGAGCCCCUUCUUCCAUUUUGUCUGAACUGUAUUUUAAGACCCCAAAUAGCACUACUGCUGUCCACUGUCUUCUCAAUAUGAAACUGUGAUAAUAACUAAAAAAGUCAGAGUCCACCCCGUCCAGUGUUUGUAACGUAAUGCGUCAUCCUAAUAAUAUUGUUUAUUUUGUGUUUUGCCCUUCUGCAGUGGUCGGUGAUAAACACAUUAUUUGUUUUUCUUCUAUUUGUAUCUUUCCUGUGGCUCAGUGGUUAGAGCAUGGUAUUAGCAAUGCCAAGGUCAUGGGUUCGACCCCAUGGGAUUGCUCAUAGUUAGAAACAAAUGCAGAAUACAAUACAAUGUAAGUCGAAAGUGUCUGCCAUAUACAUAAAUGUACAUUUUUGUGAAAAAUAUCAACCGAAGCCAGUAAAGGAACUUUUAGGAUAUUGUGGCGAUAAGAAUGAUUUAGAUGCUGACAGGGGUGGUUUGUGCUAGCCCAAAAUUUGAAUGAGAACAUAAGAACAAGCUUUGCCUUCAAAUCCCUGUCAACUGGAAUAUUUCUGAAGUGCAUUAGUGAAAGCCAGGGACACACAAGAUGAAUUCAUUACAUAAAAGUCUGGAUGUCCCUGUAGUGAACCAACUCUCUCUCUCUUCAUCCAAACGGACUCCAGAGCGUCCUGUACGCUGAUUUUAAGACUCUUAUUAUCUACUCAAACCUGUACUUUAAAAGGAUUAGUUCAUCCAAAAAUCUAAAAUCUGUCAUCAUUCGCUUAACCUCAUGUCUUUCCAAACCUAUAUGAUUUUAUUAUUCACAAACACAACAGAGGCUCCAGAAAAGUCAACCACACCAUACAGAGUCUUUAAAUCAACGUGAUACAUUUUAAUUUAAAGGGCUAGUUCAGCCCAAAAUGAAAAUGUUGUCAUCAUUAAUUUACCCUCAAGAUGUUCCAAGCCUGUAUACAUUUGUGUGUUCCGCUGAACAAGAAAUAAGAUCUUUUAAAGAAUGUGGAAAACCAAACAGUUCUGUGACACCAUUGACUACCAUAGUAGAAAAAAAUACGUUGAUUGUUUGGUUUCCCAAAUUCUUCAAAAUAUCUUCUAGUGCACCAUAGACCAUAAUGGUAUUUUUUUCCAAUAGUCAAUAGUAUCCCAGAACUGUUUGGUUUUGUGUUCAAUGGAACAAUGCAAUUUAAACAUGUUUGUAAAUCGAAGGUGAUGUAAUUAUGACAGAAUUAUCAUAGAAAGCGAAAGGUGGCCUCUCGGGGUCUUUAAAGGGAUGUUUCUGAAUGUUCUGAAAGUUUGGAAAGACGGUGGAAGGUUUUCGGGCAAGAACAAUAGGCUUAAGAGUUGUAAUAAUUAAGGUUUUGGUCUAGUUUCUAUUGCUAAUAAAUAAAUGUUCUCAAAAAUUGUGUUUAUUGAAUACUAUCCUUGUAAUGGUGUAACCGACUGAUUUUUGAGUAAAUUCAUUUGACUUUUCAGACCACUCUGUGUGAUGUCAAUGUGUUCUACAACUCUUUACUAUUAUCCAUUGCACUAAAAAACUCAGUAUUAAGAGAUAACACGAAAACCCAAGAAUAAAACUGUAUCUCAAACUGUA